CCAAACUGAAGGAUUUGUAUAAAAAUUUUUUGUGACGAGGGUUGAUAAAAAUCUCAGUAGUCGGUUAAAAAUAAAUCUCAUCUCCCCCGAAAACAUUUCAAGAUUCGAUCAGUCGAGUCCCAAAAACGUAAUCCCUUCGAAACUGAAACAAACUUAGUGAUCGGUAUAAAGUUCGGUAUAAAAUAGGUUUCUCCAAACUAAAGGUUUUGUAUAAAAAUUGUUUGUGACGAGAGUUGAUAAAAAUCUCAGUAGUCGGUUAAAAAUAAAUCUCAUCUCCCCCGAAAACAUUUCAAGAUUCGAUCAGUCGAGUCCCGAUAAGCAAUCCCUUCGAAACUGAAACAAACUUAGUGAUCGGUAUAAACUUCGGUAAAACAGAAAUGGCUCGCGAAAAAGGAGAGUCCGCGGCUCCAAGGGCCAAUAGGAAGACGAAGGUAUCGCAGUCGCAGCGCGCUGGUCUCCAAUUCCCCGUGGGUCGCAUCCACCGUUACCUCAAGAAACGGAUCACAUCUCGCAUGCGGAUCGGAGCCACUGCAUCCGUGGUCACCGCCGCCGUUUUGGAGUACCUGAACGCCGAGAUCCUGGAGUUGGCCGGCGACGUCGCGGAGAAUUGCAAAGUAAAGUGCAUCACGCCGCGCCACUUGCAGCUCGCCAUUCGCAGAGAUAUGGAGUUGGACACCCUGGUCAGAGGCACCAUUGCCGGCGGCGGAGUCGUCCCCUAUAUACACAAGGCCCUGAUCGGAAAUAAGGAUGAGAAGGUGAAGGUUCCACAGGGAACGGGCGAAAACACCAAGUCGCAGACGUAUUAAAAAUGAAAAGUAAAUGAUUACUAAAAUAUUGGAAGCCCUAUCGCGGAUGUCUAUAACAUUCAAGAAAGCACACUGAGUUAUAAAACAUAAACUAAACCAAAGAACUAACAAAAAAAACAUUAUCAAUGUCAAACAAAUAUCGAUUAUUCAGCUUGUCUCCAAGUUCUAUUAUGUUUUAAAUUGUUUGUUAAGUUCCGUUAAAUGUUAAAAAAUAUAAAGAACACAAGAAA